UGCGGGGGCUGGACGCGUACUGCAUGCAGUACUCACGGAGGGUAGCGACAGGCAGAUCAUCAGUAUAGUAAUUGCAGAAAACCAAUUGCUACCAGUCAUUUUCAUAGAGCUCUUCCAGCGGCCUCCAGUUGCCUAUUUCUGCUGAACAGUGUGAACCUCCUGGUCUAAUUAGGAAGCAGGCUGGUGACAGGGGGUCGAGCAACAAGUUCGCUCUGAGUCGCUGCACCCGCUCGCCCAUUUCGUUACCGUCGGGAGCUCUUGGCUGCACUUUAUCCAGUCACGCAGUGCCCAGCUUGUUUCCGUAUCACGCAAGGAGAUCGUUGGUUACUUUUCACGAGUAAACCGGAGCGUAAACGACUGCUUCAUCCCGAGCUGGUGUUGCUGCAAAAAACAGACGAUGACAGGAGCAGCAGCCAUCGAGGCAGCAAGCGGAUUCAAAGAAGCACGAGAGGGGCAGCGAUGCUGCGGCAGGACCAUACCCGGUGUCCUGUCAUUCCUCUCGUCUCUCCUCAGUAUAACCUACUGCAUACUACUCAGUGUGAGGACCGCGGCGAUCCAGGAGAGGGUCGUGGCUUUGGAAAUGGGACAUAAAGGAGACUUGUACUAUCACUCGUCCCCGUCUUUUUCCACGGAGCAGCUGAAUUCGGUGGUGCAGGAGCGAGUGGACGAACUUCUGUCGCAGAGAACCUACGAGCAUUUGGCUAAAUUACGGAUUGCCCGAGAAGCUCCAUCGGAGUGCGGCUGCCCGGCAGGACCUCCAGGAAAGCGAGGAAGAAGAGGGCGCCCUGGUGAACCCGGACCACCCGGUCCACCGGGUCCCAAGGGAGAUAAGGGGGAUCAAGGGGACCAAGGCCCUCGGGGACCUCCAGGCUUCCCUUCUUUGGCGGCUUUACACAGUAAUCAGAUCCUGACUGUCAAGGGAGAUCAAGGACAGGCUGGACCACCGGGACCCCCAGGACCCCCUGGCCCACCAGGCCCUCGGGGCCCACCUGGGGAUACAGGAAAGGAUGGACCGAGAGGACUACCCGGGGUUCCGGGAGAACCAGGAAAUCCGGGAGAAUCAGGGCCAACGGGACCCGAAGGCCCUCCAGGAUCUCAGGGAUCCCUGGGACUGCCUGGUGUUCCUGGCGUGGACGGCCUUAAGGGAGAACCCGGUUUGCCCGGUCUGGAUGGGAUGCCAGGUGCUAAGGGUGAAAUGGGAGAUCAAGGUCAGAAGGGUGAUUCAGGAGAGCCAGGACCAAAAGGUGACCCCGGAGCAAAGGGGGAUGCAGGGUCAUCUGCCGACGGGAUAAAGGGUGAACCUGGAGAGCCUGGCAGAGCUGGACAAAAGGGGGAACCAGGGCUUCCUGGGCUGCCUGGACUGCCGGGGAUAAAGGGUGAACCGGGCUUCUUGGGUCCUCAAGGAGAACCUGGACUUCCAGGAUUACCAGGAACAAAGGGUGAAAGGGGUGAAGCGGGUCCACCUGGCAAAGGAGAGCGAGGAGAUCCAGGCGUCAUGGGACCCAAGGGUGCAACAGGGGAGGCUGGAGCCACUGGCCCAAAAGGCUCAAAGGGUGACAUAGGAGAGAGGGGAGAAUCUGGACCCAUGGGACCCAGGGGCCCACCAGGACAAAAAGGCGAUCAAGGAACGACAGAAAUCAUCGACUAUAAUGGAAAUAUUCAUGAAGCGCUGCAGAGGAUUACUACCCUAACGGUGACGGGACCACCAGGACCACCUGGCCCUGCAGGACCCCAAGGCAUAAAGGGGGAGCCAGGAUCUCAAGGGUCUCCUGGGCUGGAUGGCGAGAGGGGUCCCAAAGGCUCCAAGGGUGACAUGGGUAUGCCAGGAAUUUCAGGAGACAAGGGUGGUAUGGGCCUUCCUGGAUUACCAGGUGCAAAUGGGGCCAAAGGAGAAAAGGGAGACCCCGGCUUGCCUGGUCCUCAGGGUCAGUCUGUUGUUGGUCCUCCUGGCGCUCCUGGCCCCCAUGGCCCCCCUGGUCCAAUGGGUCCUCAUGGUUUUCCGGGGCCGAAGGGUGAACCAGGGUUGCAUGGCGUUAAAGGAGGGAAAGGUGAGCCAGGGCAAAAGGGUGACAGAGGACCCCUCGGCCUUCCCGGAGCAUCUGGCUUAGAUGGAAAGCCAGGACCCCGGGGAAUGGAUGGUCCAGUUGGUCCCCCUGGUCCAGCAGGUCCCAAAGGUGACAGGGGUGAACAAGGACGAACGAGGACUCACUGGGUACAGAGGGGACCCCAGGACUGGAUGGUUUGCCAGGAGCCAAAGGAGAUAAAGGAGACCUCGGCGAACGAGGAGAGAAGGUACGUGGGCGCUGCCCCUGGUGUGCAUGAGCUGGACCCGAGUCCUCUGAUUGUGUGA